AUGGAGGGCCUUCUAAUGCGACAAGGGAAUCCUCUGCUUGACCAUCCAUAUCGUCGAUCUGCAAAGGCGUACGAUCUCAUUGGUGGUAAAUUCGCUGAGCUGGGGGGGCAUAUUGGCAGAUUUGAUGAUAAAGGUACGCAGCGUAGAGUCCUGAAGCAAGACUCGGAAACUUCUCACGUGGGAACAAACGUCGUCAGACCAUUCAUCGCAACUGCAUCUGCUCUCGGGAACCAGGUCCCAGUCGUCGUAGUUCUCGCCCGGUCGAGCAAGACGACGCCAGUGCGCGUCUCUGCCAACGAAGAAAACGCAUGUGAGCCGGCUGGCGAGGACGUGGUUGGCGGUAGCAAGGCCCGCGAAGACGAAGAGAUGGUGGACGCCCCCGUGGGAUCCCCUGCUGCCGCCUCCCCCAUCCCCGCUCGUGCCUCUGUUUCUCCUUUCCCCGCCAAUCCUCCUCCUCCUCCUUCGACCGCCGGUUCCUCCCUCUUCCCCGUAGCCCCUUCACGCCAGUUCUCGUAUUCAGGGCUUGAUCACACAAGGCCCUGUGGAUGUGCCAAGAACACUGCCCUCGGAAGCCACUGUCUGUUAGAGAUAAGAAAACCAGCUCACUUGAACUGGACCGGGAGAAUAUCUUCUCAAAUGGAAGACGAACAGCACCAUCUGCCUCCCGAAUAUUUGAAUUGGCGAUUCGCCGAACGCAGGUAG